UGGUCCACGUAGUGUUACAGCACUGCAAACGUCUGCAAGUACGGCUUCAUCUGUCCGCAGAGUUCCUCACUCCUUCACAAACAUUCCACUUUGCAGUCGCAAUGGCCACAGCUGGGAAGGUCAUUAAGUGCAAGGCAGCCGUUGCCUGGGAGGCGGACAAGCCUUUGGCGAUUGAGGAGAUCGAGGUCGCUCCUCCUGAAGCCGGCGAGGUCCGAAUCAAGAUUGUGGCAACAGGGUUGUGCCACACAGACCUGUACCACCUUUUGGAGGAGAAGCCUAAAUAUGGCUUUCCAAUCGUCCUCGGACAUGAGGGAGCCGGUAUUGUUGAGAGCGUUGGGCCUGGAGUCACGGAAUUUCAGCCAGGAGACAAGGUGAUUCCUGUUUUUGUCCCUCAGUGCCGCGAAUGUCGCUUUUGCAGGAAUCCGAAUAGCAACCACUGUGUAGGAGGACGGAUGAGUGAUCGCUACAAUAUCAAGUCUGACAUAGUAAGCAGGAUGGCUUGUAAAGGACAGAAGGUGUUGCAGUUUGCAGGAACCAGCACCUUCUCUGAGUACACCGUGACGAACCAGGUCUCUGUGGCUAAGAUCGACCCUACAGCCCCUCUGGACAAAGUCUGUCUCCUCGGCUGUGGAGUCUGCACAGGAUACGGAGCGGCAGUAAAUACUGCAAAGGUCGAGCCAGACUCCACAUGUGCUGUUUUUGGCCUUGGUGCCAUCGGAAUGGCUGCAGUCAUGGGCUGCAAGGCUGCAGGAGCCAAGAGGAUUAUUGCUGUUGACAUCAACCCCGAUAAGUUUGAGAAGGCCAAACUCUUUGGUGCCACUGACUUUGUCAAUCCAAAGGAACACACCAAACCCAUCAGCGAAGUCCUUCAUGAGAUGACUGAUGGAGGAGUGGACUUCUCCCUGGAAUGUGUCGGGAAGGUAGAAGUUAUGCGCAGUGCUUUGGAGUCCUGUGUCCAAGGUUGGGGUGUCAGCUGCGUGGUGGGCUGGACCAACUUGGCCGACUUGGCAGCCCGACCUCUUCAGCUCAUUGGUGGUCGUACAUGGAAGGGCUCCAUGUUUGGAGGCUUCAAGAGUAAGGAUGGUGUCCCUCAAAUGGUUAAAGCUUACCUUGACAAGAAGAUCAAGCUGGAUGAGUUUAUCACUCACAAAAUGUCGUUGGAUCAGAUCAAUGAUGCCAUUGAGCUGAUGAAAGAAGGGAAAUGCAUCCGGACAGUUAUGAAGGUCUCUCCAUAAGAUGAUGUCCACUUCUCUUGAAGCCACACCCAAAGUCAUUCAAGAACCUUCGGCUGUAUUAUAUUGAACCUUACCUCAAUGGGUGAUCAGCCGACAGCAUAAAACAAAAGUGCGUUCGGGGUGGGCCACUUUACUAUUUCUCAGCUUUGGAAAAUCUUGGCAUAUACCGCAUGAAAGGCCAAGAUGGUGAAAGUUUUCCUUGCAGCCAUCAGCACAGUAGGAGGAGGUGAUCAGUAGCAAAGAAAAGCUGUACUGUCUUGGCCCUUGAUGUCCAUCUCUUGCGGGGGGGGGGGCAAACUUUUUUUGGCUUUGUAAUAUCCUGUGAUAUCCUUAUUGGUGGCUACACCUGUUUCUAAUCCACCACCAACCCAUGAACUAUUUAGCAGGGGGCAGAUAUUCAUUUGGUUGUCCUUGAAGUUUGAACUUCUUGUCUUUCAUUAAUUAGUGCCUUAAACCUUUCCUGUUUAAUUAAUUGUUACAUGUUUGUAAAUGAAUGUUCCGUUUGAUUUUGUUUGAAAU